GAGGGGCGUGCGCUACCAGGCUGAUGCUUUAAACAAACUUUUUCGUUAGUGAACUGACUGCCUUCCUUGGAAGUGAGAGCAGACAAAGGCGCAAGGGUUUUCAAAAUAAUCACUACCUGAAAAAAACACCAAGGUCCAGCCAGACACAACACCGCCACCAUGUCGAGCAAACGCGCCAAGGGGAAGACCACCAAGAAGCGCCCCCAGAGGGCGACUUCCAACGUCUUUGCCAUGUUCGACCAGUCCCAGAUCCAGGAGUUCAAGGAGGCCUUCAACAUGAUCGACCAGAAUCGCGACGGCUUCAUCGACAAGGAGGACCUGCACGACAUGCUGGCCUCUCUAGGUAAGAACCCGUCUGACGAGUACCUGGAGGGGAUGAUGAGUGAGGCUCCGGGGCCCAUAAACUUCACCAUGUUCCUCACCAUGUUCGGCGAGCGGCUCAACGGGACCGACCCUGAGGACGUCAUCCGCAACGCCUUCGCCUGCUUCGACGAGGAGGGGUCCGGGGUCAUCCAUGAGGACCAUCUUCGCGAGCUCCUCACCACCAUGGGCGACCGCUUCACCGACGAGGAGGUGGACGAACUGUUCCGCGAGGCGCCCAUCGACAAGAAGGGCAACUUCAACUACGCCGAGUUCACCCGCAUCCUCAAGCACGGGGCCAAAGAUAAGGAUGACAUUUAGGCCGUGCCCCUCUUCUGCUCUCCGCCCGAUCCGUCCUCUCUGGUGUACAAAAACGGUGCACCCACCUAUCUCUCUUUCACCUCAGUUGCAGAGAUCGUUGGAAUGCAGCGACUCCAAAAAUUGUAGUCCUCCCUCUGCCCACAAGUCCAAAUCCCCUACCAAAUGUUGUUCAGAUUUCUCACCUUUUUUGUCCAGUGACCUGACAGCAAUUCAAAAGGGUUUAGCUGGCAUCUGUAACAUGCCAUUCCCUCCAUACACUGACAGGUAUGCCAUAGUUCAGGGCUGCCCAACCCUGGUCCUGUAGGCCAAGCUCAACCAAUCACACCUUAUUCAACAGCUGGAGAUCUCAAUGAGCUGUGAAUCAGUAGAAACAGGUGUGGCAGAUUAGGGUUGAAAUGAAAACCUACAGGACAGUAGAUCACCAGGAACAGGGUUGGGCAGCCCAGCCUUUGCCAAGGUCCGUCUUAUUGACUGCUUACUAGCAGUUGCAUGUUGCAAUGGAACAAGCAUGGCCUUUGUGAAAUUAUGAAGACAUUUUCUUUUUUAAAUCAGCAACAUUAUUACUGCUACUUGCCGUUUCAUUCUGGACCAUGGAAGGACCUUUUUUCUUUAUUUUUUUUUUAUUUUUAUUUUUUUAAAGGAAAUAUGUCUUCAAAUGCCUCAUUCAUUCAGUAUGAAGGAAUAAUUUUACCACUGCACUACAUGCAGUUGUCUAACUUUUGUAUUCUGUAUUGGAAGAAUAAAAUGUUCCCAUCUAAAA